UCUCCCUGUGACAAUUUUCAUUGUCCACACUCAUAUUGCAGACUGGGAAACAGGUAGAUAUCCUCUCAUAGGAACAUUGUGGAACCACGGUCAGGAGGAAACCAACGUAGUCAGCGCGCCUUCUCUUCUUCGCACUGCCAGAGACCUAAACGCUGGCAGCAUUCCUCCAAGAACUUGUGUCAUGGCGUCGUUCACACUGAUGGUGGGAGAGUUCCAUAAGGUCAAGAUCUCCGCGAAGAACGUUCUAAGCGCGGGAUCUUUGGUGAUUAAGGACUUCUCGCAGCUUUGCAGCCGAAAAACCGGCGUGCUUGUCGUAAACAAGGCCCUAGUGAAGCUGUACUCCGAUGGCUACAACCGGACAUACGUCUAUGAUGAUGCUGAAACAAUGACAGCAAAGGCUGUGGCUUUCUUCAAGCUCUACCAACACGUGCGUCAGGGCUGGGCUGUGUUCGAUACAGAAUUUGAGGACUACGAUGACACCUGCGGCAACGGCACCUUCAGCAGGCUGAAGGCUUUCAAGGCGAAGCUUGGCGCGUGAUCCCAGUGUUUGAUACAUAAAAGGGGGGCAACACUAGGCAGCCUCA